CUGAGAAGAGGGGCUGGAUCGCUAACUAUAACAACUAAUGUUUGCAUCCACAGUUUCCAACAAACCAGUGGCGGUGGCACAGCCUAUUUCUCCCCAGAAACAGAUGAUUGAAUUUAAACAGGUGCCGAUAAAACAAGUAUAUCAUCUCUCUAUCUUUAUGCUACCCAAUGUUCAAUUUGAUCCGGAUUACACAGCUUUAGUUUACUAUCAGAUUUUGCCUGAAAUUGAUAGUACCGGAAACCAGUCUUUAAGUAAUACUCAACAAGUUGUUCAAAAUGAUUUUAAGUUAUUGGGGUUUUUGAAUGACUUAAAGCAAAGCGCAAUCUUUAAACUAAAUCCUGGAAAUAUAGACACACCAGUACUAGCAGGUGCAAACGACGAAGGCGACAUUGAUAUGGAAUCUGGUAUUUCUGAACUCGAAGAGCUUGAAACUGUCACAAUGAUUAUAGGUAUUAGCAUUGAACCUAACCAAACGGCCACUCAGCAGUUAGACUGUUUGAGAGUCACAAGAGAUUACAACACUAGUACGCCUGCACCGGCUGUGAAAAGUACUAGCACUGUCGCCACACCGUCGCAGUCUGAAAUAUAUGCAGUUUCGAAUAAGAUCAUCGGAAAUGCCUACAAUUAUCUUUCCUCUUUCACGGAUGAGCAAAACAAAGUAAGUAUAAGCAAGUUUAACAACUGGUGGGACAAGUUUAGGGUUAAAAUGAGAAACGAUCCGAACUAUUUACAGACGUUGGAGUAAUAUAUAUGUAUAGAUGUAGGUAUUUAUAGAGGUAAUGCAUAGUACCGGUUCAUAAGACGUGUGGAGCUUAUUCGGAACCCAAAUAUUUGUCAAAAGCAACUACUCUCUCAUUCACUUCUGCUGGGCCUAACAGCUCAAGAAUAACGGGAAGGUUGAUACCAGAUUGUGGGCCACUCAAUGCGUAUCUUAAUGUUUGAAAAACCGCCCUUUUUUUCAAGGAAG